UUAUUAGAGUAACGGUGAAAAAUAUCUUUUAUCGUCAAUUCUGGGGAGUGUCAUAACUUCCCAGAAGCAUGGCAAGAGAGCUAAUUCUCGGCGUUUACCUUUUCACAAUAAUCGCCAAAAUGGUUGCAUUGAUUCGUAGCUGUGAGGCCACACCCAACAGUAGAGGAAAUACGUUUGUACCCCAUUUUCAGAGUCGCCUCACCUUGUCAUUAAGCCAAAACAGAACGAUGCUGAAACAAUGGAGCAAAGGUGACGACAGUUGUAUCUACGCUUGUUUGAGAAUGCCUUGGUGUAUUUCUGUUAACGUUAACGUAACUGCUCUAAAAUCCGGCAUCAAAGAAGGAUCGGUUUGUGAGCUUUUUGAUAUUACCUUCGAUACUGAGUGGGCCUCGUUGGAAAAAGAUGCUAAUUUUACACACUACAGUGUAAAGAUUUCUGGAGCUACUCCCUGUGAAGCCUGCGAACCUCGCAACCGGCAUCUCAAUGUCUCCGUCAUUUCCGAGGGCUAUGAUGAUCCGGCUAAAAAUUCAAACAAUGGACUUGCCCGGAUUUUUGUUGAUGGCAAAGAUUACUCCCUAAAUAAAAGAGGGCAUAACAUCGUGGCGUUUUCAACCAACGGUUCAUUCAUAAGUCGAGCUGCUUUUGACUCGCACCCGUCGUCCUCGACAGCUCCGAUAGAAAUGGCUGCCUACAUCGAAAGUUUGCCUAGCAACACCGUGAUCAUUAUUGCCGUGAAAGACACAGCUGGAUCCACCGGCGCUGCAGCGCACCAGGCGAUCCAGAGUAUCGGAGGUGUCAGCCCUCUGUGGCCGGAAUACAGGGCCUCGUGGUGGAUGGUUGGUCACAAAGGGGGACCUCGCACGUGGGUGUCGCAGGGCGGGGCUGAUAGGUACAAGGGCCCCUCUAAGGGACAGGUUAUGGUACCCCUGGAAGAAGGUUGUGCACCAUAACUUAAAUCACACAGACCGAGCUUUAGGUAGAACGAGUAUAUAGCACGAGAGCACGAGUAUUGUUAAGAUAAUGCAAGGAGUGUUACAAGACGUUUUCCAAUUCGCUUUCAUCUUGAGUGGACAUAUGUUCUGUUUGUCUUUGUAAGACACUUUACACUUUAUUCUUUAAGUCAAGUAUUUGCCUCCACUAUCGUUUGUAGCCCUCCCACUUUGACUAUCUCUUGCAGGUCUUAACCAAGGAUGUGUUUAAUUUUAAUUUCGUGGCCGAAAAGUUAUUUUCUUCUCUCAUUUUAGAAAACUAUUUGAACAUUAAACUCUUUUUCUUUUCUUUGUUAUCAAAAUUCACUUGCCACUC